CACACGGAUCAGAACCAGGAUUAAACCAGGACUAAAUCUGGGACCAAACCAGGACCAAACCAGGACAAAUAGAAUGUGAUUUUACUUUUAAACGAUCAUACUUUCUUUUAUAUUCCCAUGUUGGUCUUGCACUUGUGUGGUCCCCCAGUGGUCCAGAUGUUUAAAGUUCCACAGACAGAGGCAGAAGAGCACACGCUGGAGCUAAACCAGGAUGAGGGUCCUCUCUUCACUGCUCUUCUGUGGAGUGUUCCUGGGGUCGGCUCUGGCUCAGUCAGAUCCGGCUGAGGCCACGCCCCCAGAGGAGGAGGAGCAUGUGGAGCUGUUCACUACGCCCACCACCAAGUUGGCCGCCGCCGCCUCAGACUUCGGCUACAACCUUUUCCGAUCCCUGUGCGCCCAAGAGACCGGCAACGUGCUCCUGUCUCCCCUGAGCGUCUCCGCUGCUCUGACACAGCUGUCUAUGGGUGGGACGCCGUACUCUCAGAGAGACCUGACCCGGGCCCUGAGGUACCACACGCUCCAGGACCCGGCGCUCCACACCACCCUGAGGUCCCUCCUGAGCUCCAGCACCGCCACAGGAAAAGGACUGAGUACUGCAGCCCGACUGUACCUCAGCCGCCGUCUGCGUCUGAAGCAGGAGUACUUCACGCUGGUGGAGCAAACGUACGGAACCAGACCCAAAGCUCUUCAGGGAGGAUCCAAGGACCAGAAGGAGAUCAAUGACUGGGUCUCUCAGCAGACCUCAGGGAAGGUCUUGAGGAUCCUGACCAGCAAUCUGCCCCGAAACCCUGGAGUCACAGCGGUCACUGCGGCCUAUUUCAAAGGAAAGUGGGUGACCCGUUUUGGAAGCACUGGUUCCAUGAGUCAGUUCCAGGUCGAUGGUUCUACUUCGGUCCAAGUGCCUAUGAUGCGACAGGACAACUACCCGAUAAAGAUGGGCAUCGACUCGGACCUGAGCUGCACGAUCGCAGAGCUCCCCAUGCAGGAUGGAGUCAGCCUCUUCCUCUUCCUGCCUGACACCGUGACCUCAAACCUCACGGCGAUCGAGGACGCGCUGACGGCGGAAUUCGUCCAGGACCUGUCCAUGACGAUGCUCCCCGCCCACGUCUCUCUGAGCAUGCCCAGUCUGAAGGGAGCCUACAGCAAAAACCUGAUGUCGCUGCUCCCCAACCUCGGCCUCACUGAUUGGCUGGCGGACACGGGUUUGGACCAGAUUUCGGUGCAGCCCGUCAAACUGAACGCGGUGUUUCAUAAGGUGGUGUUAGAGUCCGCCCCCGAAGGUCUCCAGUACGCCCCUGACCCCGCCCACGCCUCUGCACUGACCUAUCACGUCAACCGGCCCUUCCUCUUCCUCCUCCGUGACCAAUCCACCGGAGCGCUGCUGUUCACCGGGCGGGUCACCAACCCCAAACUGCUCCAGCUCUGAACCAGGACUGAAUCAGGUCUAAACCAGGAUUAAACUUGGACCACACCAGGACUAAACCAGCUCUAAACUAAGACUUAACAGGGACUGAACCAGGACUACACCAGGGUUGAAACAGGACUAAACCAGGACUAAUUCAAGGCUGAACCAGGACUAAACUUGGACUGCACUAAGACUAAACCAGCUCUAAACCAAGACUCAACCAGGACUUCACCAGGACUGAAACAGGACUAAAUCAGCUCUAAACCAAGAUUCAACCGUGACUGAACCAGGACUGAAACAGGACUAAACCAGGACUAAUUCAAAGCUGAACCAGGACUGAACCAGAAGCUCCACGAUGACGAUGAUCAGAAUGAGACACAAUCCUGUUGUUGAUGACUUUUUAUUGAUCUAAUUAAAAGCACUAUUACCAAAAAAAAAGAUGCAAAA